GACAGGUUCUCCAGCCCUUUGGUCAUCUUUGACAUAUACCAGGUGGUGGCAGCAGGUGGCAGAUCAGGAUCAGCAGAGGCCAAGUCAGGGGACUCAGAUCCCAGCGGUGGCAGCCCCCACCUCCAACACAUCAGCGACCAGUUUUUCCUAGGUGAUUUAGCCUUGGAAUCUAAUCCAUCUGAUCAUCCUAGAGCAAGCACAAUUUUCCUGAGCAAGUCUCAAAUAGAUUUGCAAGAGAAAAGGAUUAGUAACCACAUCAACCAUUGCAACAUUAGCAAUAUUCUACCAUAUAAAGAACAGAGGGAAGAAGUUCCAGAUGACUACUACAAGCAUGGCCCUGAUUACAAGCACAUCUACUGGUUUUUUCGGACACUUUUCAGUGCUGCACAGCUGACAGCUGAAUAUGAUUUGGUUUAUUCGGAAAGGCUUUUAACCUAUGCAGAGAUUGACAUAUGCCCUAGUAACUGUAAGAGGAUAGUCCUAGGAGCUACAAUGCUUGCUUCUAAAGGGGAUGAUCAGGCUGUGUGGAAUGUGGAUUAUUACCAAACAUUGAAGGACUUAUUGAAGGACCAUGAUCUCAGUAAUAGCCAGAAAGAAAGGGGAACAUGA